AUGCCAGAGGAUACCCCAUCCCCACCUGAUGCUGCUAGUAGUGGUACUAGUACUAGUACAUGCAGUAGCACAUGCUACUGCCGACAAGACCUUCAAGCGCUGAACCUCCUGGACCAACCAGUUUGGAUUUUCGACAUUGUGAAGCGCGGCAUGUUCUGGGCCAAUGCGGCUGCGGUGGAACUGUGGAGUGCCAACAGCCUGGAGUCCCUGGUGGCACGAAACUUUGGCAAUGACAUGAGUGAAGCUACCCAGAAUCGGUUGGACGAUUAUCUGUUAAAGUUCAUUUCAGGAGAAACUACGCAAGAGCAGUGGACUUUCUACCCCAAAGGAGGCGAAAGCGUGGUAGUGGAUUGUCUUUGCAAGGGAGUUCCUAUUGAAGAAGGCAGAGUGGCCAUGCUAGUGCAGGCUACCAAGAGGACCAAUGCUACUAGCAGUACUCUAUUUGAACAAGAAGCACUCAGAGCCACGGAAAUGCUCAGGCAUCUUCCAGUGGCUGUUUGUAUUGCGGAUCUGCAAGGAAACAUUCUGGAACAGAAUCCUGAAGCUCUAGCUGUCUUUGGAUCUCUAGAAACUGCAAAGCAACAACAGCAGCAGCAAGUUCUUUCAGACAGCAGUGACAGUUCCAAUUCAUUCGAGCAAGAUGAAGAAGGUGACAAUGACAAUGAUGAUCCAAUCCUGAAAUCUGCCUUUGUCAAACGCUUUGCAGACCCACAAUUGGGCAAGAGAAUACUCCACCAAGCGGCUGAGACAGGACAAGAUGUCACUCUAGAAGCACAGGUACACACAGUCCAUGGAACACAAUGGUCGGCCAUCAAGGUGCGACAAACCAAAGAUCCCGUCACAUCCAAACCCAUUCUGCUCAUGUCUGCACGAGACAUCACUGCCGUAGUGGAAGCAAAACGACAAGCCACUACUGCCGAACUCGAUAAGCUUGACCUUCUGGCCGACAUGGCACAUGCCAUUCGAACGCCUUUACAACACGUCGUUGGAGUUGUGGAGCUCAUGGCCAAGCAGGAUCACUUCAAAAACGACAACAAUCAUAAUCAACAACAAUCCAAGACACACAAUAGACACUACUCCAAUCUGCUUCAAUCAUCUGCGCAACUACUCAUGACGGUCAUUCAUGAUCUCAUGGAUACGGUCGGAGGUACUGGCGGAAGCAGCAUCAGUGGCAACAACACCAACGGCCAUGGAGGAGACCAACGCAAUCCAACCAACAACCACCCAACCAACAACGGCAGUCAUCAUCUCAACAACAAACCAAGAAUACUGCUAGAGCACACACAACUGGAUGUCAAGGAAGUGCUCAAGAAUGCCGUAGCCACGCUCCGUCCACAUGCCAAGGCCAAGGACUUGACACUUAGGGCCACCAUUCAUUCACGAUCACUCAACAAUGGAACCGCAGCACUCAUGGGAGAUCCAGCUAGAUUGGGACAAAUUCUAUUCAACAUUCUACACAAUGCCGUCAAGUACACGAGUAGAGGAGGCAUCAACGUUUCGGUACGAAGAUUGUCAUUGCAGAGUUCACGACGGGUACGUCUACGAUUUGAAGUCAAAGAUAGUGGCGUUGGAAUGAAUCUAGAGCAGCAACGGCAAUGCAUGCGCACCAAGUCAUGGAAACGAUCACAACAACAACAGCAAGAUCAACAACAGCAACAACAAGAAAAAGAUGCUUCGGAUCACGGUGGUGUCGGCCUGUCUCGAUGCAAGACUCUCGUCGAUGCCAUGGGGGGAACCAUGGGCGUACAAAGCAAACCAGGACAAGGAGCCACCUUCUGGGUAGAAAUACCAUUCCUUCGUGUCAUGCCAGUCAAACCACCACCGUCGACUAACUGUUCCAAUUUGAGCAAUCAUGGCAAUAGCAAUACUAACAACGGGAACAACACCAGCAGCAACAACAAAGACAAUCGUCGUCUUCGACGUGUACAGCGCAAAGGCAGCAACUCGUCCACGUCAUCCUUGCAGCAACAACUGGAUCCCGUACCCGAUGAAGGAGGAUUACAGGUUCUAUUGGUCGAUAAGGACAAUGCCGGGCGAAGUGUCAUGACGGCUCUCAUGGAGGAGUCGGGAUAUCAAGUCACGACCGUGGCCGACGGAGAUGCCAUGGUUCAAGCCGUCACGGAGAGUGAGGAUGCAUCCUUCGAUGUCGUCCUCCUAGAGACCCAAUUGUCUUCUUCCAAUGACGACGGCAACAGCAAAAACAGCGCUCUGCAAGCUGUCAAGCAACUGCGAACCCUGGGGUACUCUACCGAACGAUUGCCCAUCAUUGCCUUGACAGCUGCUGUGCCAAGAGCGGAUUAUCCAGAACUGGGCCUGAAUGACUGGCUCACAAAACCAAUGCUCAUCAAAGAUAUUCAAAAAGCCAUGACCAAUGCCAUUUGCAACAUGGGGACGACGACCCAUCACAGUCGCGGGUCUCUGAGCUGCGGAGGAAGCAUCUGCACAGAGGGUUCGGAAAGCAUACACCAUGUUACAUUGGGGGAGAGUUGCAGUGACAACCACGGGAGUUCUGGGCGAUUGACUGGAACUACUGGAAGCAGCUCCCAUGCGGAUAGUCGUCCCGUGUUGCCUCGACGCGGAUCCUUUGGGUCUGUGCACUCCGUCUUUUCCGAUCAUUUGCAAGCGGCCAUGGCUCCCGUGACUGAUGAGAAGACGACGGUCGCGUCGCGUGACAACAAACCACGACUCUCACAACCUACGGUUACAGCAUCAAUAGUGCGCCCAUCAACGCACAGCAUGAACACGUCUCCUUCACGUGGCGUCGAUAGGCCACCAAGCAAGAUCCAUCGACGUAAUUCGGAUAAUGAAGGCGAGGAGAUCUCAAUGGUUCACGGACGAAAGGGUCUAUCUCAACGAGACCGCGUGUCGGAGGUACCAAAGGACAAGACCGGUGGGUUGUAA